AUGACGAUGCUGCAGUCCCAGAAGCUGUACGGCGAGGCGGGCGGCCUCGGGGGCGCCAUGACGAGCGCCGCCAUGUCGGGCAUGGGAAGCAUGGCGCCGACCUACAGCUCCAUCAACUCCAUGGGCUGCGUCUCCAUGGGCAUGUCGAUGGGCGUCGGCGUGGGCCCGAGCUGCAGCCCGCAGGGCGCCGGCGGGUUCAACGUCGGCUCGAUGAGCUCGGCCAUGGGCAUGGCGUCGAUGGGUGGCGGGGCCAUGGGGGGCUACGGGGGCGCCGCCAUGGGUGGCGGCGGCGCCUGCAUGAGCGCCGUCGGCUACGGCCCCUUGGCACCCGCGGGCGGCGCCGGCAUCCGCGACCCGCUCGCUCUGGCGGAGCCCGACUCGCCGAACUCGGCCGUGCAGCGGGCUCGCACCGACAAGUCCUACCGCAGGAGCUACACCCACGCGAAGCCGCCCUACUCCUACAUAAGCCUCAUCACCAUGGCCAUCCAGAACGCACCCACUCGCCAGCUGACCCUCAGCGAGAUCUACCAGUUCAUCAUGGACCUCUUCCCGUUUUACCGGCAGAAUCAGCAGCGCUGGCAGAACUCGAUUCGGCACUCGCUCAGCUUCAACGACUGCUUCGUCAAGGUGCCGCGCACCCCGGACAAGCCGGGCAAGGGCUCCUUCUGGACGCUCCACCCCGAGAGCGGCAACAUGUUCGAGAACGGGUGCUACUUGAGGCGGCAGAAGAGGUUCAAGGACGAGAAGAAGGAGCUCAGCAGGCAGAGCAACAAGCACCAGCAGCACCACCCCGGGACCGGCCACGGCAGUCCCUCGGGUCACGAGCUGACCCACGGGAAGAAGGUCCACGGAGCCCUGCACCACGCGCCUCCGCAGCAGCAGCAGCAGCAGCAGCAGCAGCAGCAGCAGCAGCCGCAGCAGCAACCCCCGCAGCAGCAACAGCCGCCGCCGCCGCCGCAGGACGACAAGGACCUGCACUCGCUGGUCUCGUCCCACCAUCACCACCACGCCUCGGCCAGCGCGGCCGUGGCCGCUGGCCUGCACCAGCACCACGCCGCGCUCAAGGGCGACGCCUCCGAUAUCGGGGGCCUCCUGGGGCCCGACCUGGGGGCCGCACAGGACGAGCUGGCAGCCAUGAUGAGCAGGGGCUUGCACCCGCAUCUCCUGGCCGACCCCGCCGCUCUGCACCACGGGAUGAGCGGAACCCUCAAGCAGGAGCCCCCCUACACCGCCGCCAGCCAUCCCUUCAGCAUCACGAGGCUACUCCCGGGUGCCACCGCCGCCACCUCCCCCGGAACCCAGGACACCAAGCCUCCGGAGCUUAAGAUGUACGAGCAGCUGCAUCAGAGCUACGCGAAUUACGGAUCCCCUCAUCACCCGCACCACUCGGCGCCGCCCGGGCACCACCAUCACAACGGCAUGCACGGGAACGCCGGCGCCGCCGGGCCAAUCCACAACAUGGCCAACCACCACCAGGACUACUACCAGAGCCCCCUUUACCAUCACGCGAGUGUCACCGCGUCGGGUGCGCCUCCGCCACCCCCGUCGUCGGCGGCCCCGGGAUUGUGACACCACGCCACCCACCACUACGCCCUCGCCUGAGUCGCCGCGGCCGCCGCGGCGGCCGCCGCCCGCCCGUUGGGGACCCAUCCGCGGCGUCCUGGCAUCGACGAGGCCGCCGAGGGCGCCGAGGGCGCCGACGGCGUCGAGGCCGCCUGGGUGUGAACUCGGGACCCUGGGCCCUAGGCGCCUCUUCUCGAGAUCGGCUCGCGGGAUUUCCGUCGCUCCAGAAUGUGGGGUUAGGACGCGGUUUCCGGAAAGUGCAGCACGCCGGGGCAAGGGUGUACACAGACUUUGGUGGUUUUUCGAUUUUCUUCCGUUUACGAACUUUGAUCGAGUAUGCACAGAGUCGAGAUCGGAACGUUUUUGUUGGUCAAGGGGAAAGAGGAGGGGCAGUCGAUGCCCUCGGAUGAGCCAUCGUUCGCGAGUGUCGUGUUUCGUUGCGGUUUUAGGUGGGUGUUAGGUCUCUAAUUGAGAAAGUGAUUAAAUUGCAGGUGGAUUGGAGCGGGUCGAUCGCGGAGGUAAUUCUUCCAAUGGAACUCUUUGGGGCUUGCGGCUGACGAUCUUUCUGGGAAUGCUCGGUGUUCUCUUUUCUCCGUAGAGCGAUGUAAUCCGGAUACGCGUCUUGUGCUCGGAUGUCCGGAGAAAUGGACGAGGGGUAAAUCCACCGGUCCCGCUGUAAUCGGUUGACGGUCGUCGAUGUAAUUCGGUUCCCAUGUAAAUUAGCUAUCGAUAUUAUGGGACGGGGAAGAAUGUAGUUUACAAAUAAAUUCCCAUAAACUGCGAAUUGAACUUAUCACAUUUUUCGUAGUUUAAAUUGCAGUUGGUUGUUGAUAAAACAAAAGUUGAACGGGAGCGACUCGUUAAAAUCGCGGUGGCCCGAUACCGUGUUGAUAGCGAAGUACCGAAGUGAAGUUACCGUUUAAUUACUUUAUUCGCGGCCGUGACUCGAUUACAUAUUGUUCGUCAAUCGAAUUACAUUCUCCCCCGGUCGCAUCUAGAUCGCCUCGCGAUUAUUUCGAUAAACUUGAUCGUGAACUGCGGAAGAGAUAUCGAAGUUUGGAGAUCGUGAGAUAUGUCGAUGUCGGAUAAGCGCUUCGGAUAAUGUCUCUCUCUUCCGCUCCGGCAAGAUUGUCGAAUUUCGAAUCGUGAAAUUCGUUAACCGGUCGGCCAUGUCCUUCGAGCUGGUCCAAGAAGACGUAGUCGUCCGAGCUCUUCCGUGGUCCUGGAAACGGAGCGCUCCGACACCGCGAAGGACGAAAUGGUGUAGGUUUAGACGAAGAACGAAUAUUGUGAUAAACUGUGAAAUUGAAGAAUCAAACCCAAUCGACGGACUAGCGCACGAAUAAGGGGAAUCGAAGCUGGGGAAAACUCUGCUUGGAACGAUAUUUUAAACGAUUAUUCGUUUCCUUAAUUGGGGUCCAUUCUUUUGGCAAAGCGUUCGGAGAACGCGAAUUACUCCAAUUACUCCAAAAAGUCUUUUUUUUUUUUCAGCCCAAAGCGGUUCCGUAAAAUUUUCUGAUCGAUAUAUUUUAACACUAAACCUACCGACGAUUUAUAACCCCAUUACAAAUACCAUUUAAAACUGUCAAUUUGACCCGUAGGUUUAGUGUUAAUAGGAUUCAUUGCGAUUUUUUCUGUUAAAAAUGCUCCUUUUUUUUACCUGAAUUCUCGCAGGACGUUAUCGGGAACUUACCCAGCUUCGAAAUCGUGCACACGCUCGUGACCCGGUUGCAAGACACGCACCCCCGUUCCGCGCAACGCAACGGGCGUGGCGAAAAAAAUCAUGUGCAAAAAAGAAAUCCGGUCGGUCGAAUCCUAGUUGAACCUGCUUGGCGUAAUUCUAUCGAAUGCCGAUAAUCGCGAAUUUGAGGUGGCCAAAAAAGUUGGCAUCAAAUCACACGGGGACUCGGAUUGGCCGCGGAUGGCGGUAAUUUUAACGCCGGAUUUCUUUUUCUUUUUAACGUGCACAGACGCGCCCGUAUCCGCGGCUUAGGGAAUUUUAUUUGUUCCGAUGAAAUGUCUCGCCGGGUCACGUCCAGUGUCCUUUUCUCUUUUCUUUUGUAUGAUACGUACGUGUAGAUAGCCGGCACUAACCUAACGCGCAUAAUGUACAAUAUUAUAUGUUAUACAGAGGUAUAUAUAUAUAUAUAAAUAUAAAUAUAUGUAGAUAUAUAAAUGGACUCUUUAACGAUACGCUAUAUUAGGGUUAAAAAUAUCUAUUAAGAGAGAGAGAAUGAGAAAGAGCGGGACAGUCGUCGGAAAUCUUUUAUGUCGCGUGUUUCAAAAGUAAAGUCGCGGGCGAUAACAUAAAAUGCACCGAACAUCCUGCGCUUUUCUUUUUUUCUUUUCUUUACGGAGAAAUUUGCAGUCCCGAUUUUUAACGUAACUAUUAAGGAGAGGACGUCAUCUCGUCGGUGACUUAUCCCGGCGGUGCUUUUGGAACACUCGAUGCGUUAUAUAAAUGUAAAUAGCAUCGACGACUAGCGUAUUGUCGCGGUAGUUCGCUAUAACUACUCUCAUUGCCGUCGCCUACCCGACGAUUUCGAUUAGUCCUUGGCCCGACAGGCAUUGUCGGCUUUUCUUAGAGCUCCACUUCUUUGGAUCUCGUCUUUUUCGGAGACGCGAGCGGCCACGCGGAGGCUUUCGAGAACUCGCGAACGUCCACUUUUUCGUCGCUAAGCGGGCGAGGAGGUAGAAGGAACAAAAAUGAUAUUUUGCAAAUGGGUAAGAGCUCCUCGGAAUCGCUUAAUUUUUUUUCCAUUUCUUCCGUCUCUCUCUCUCUCUCUCCGUCGUUUCGUCGUGUCGCCUCUCGGUGCGAAUUUCCGGAAGCAUUUCGUCCGCGCCGCUCGCGCUUUUAUACUGGAGAAUUCCUCGAUUCCGUUCGUCCAUUUCGAGCUGUCGUCUGUCCAUGUUAACUCGCGGCAAGAUCAGCGUUUAAGGAAAUUUUACUAUUAAAGGAGAAGACAACUAACGACGCCCUGACGAUGUACAUGUUCCAAUAAAC